GGGAAGAACUCCUCUAAAUCAGUAAGUUAGAGACACAAAACAAUAGUACUGACUGGAAAAGGCAGGAGCCAGGAACAGAGGUGAAGGACAUAAGCUAAGAGAUACGGGACAGAUGUGUGAGACACUACAUGAGAAGAGUGAGAGGCUGAUUUGAAAUAUGGUCGGAACUGACUGAAACUGAAAAUAAGCAAUUAAAUCCCAAGGCAAAGCCUGUUAAGAGCAGAGGCAGGAACAGGACAGGCCAAUGAAAAAGCAACAUCAAUUAAACAACUGAAUUGAGCUGUCACUUUCCUGGGGAAACUUUUGCUCAGACUCCUUGGUUAUCCUGUGGCACAUGCAGAAGAAUUCCCUAUACAUGGCAGAGAGAGGUGCAAGAGCAGAAGAACUGAAACGACCGCCCAAAGCAAGGAUCACUACGGACCCAGUUAUUCUUCCUCGCACCCUGGGUGAACUGCAGUUGUACCGUGUCCUCCAAAGAGCCAACUUGCUUGGUUAUUAUGACACCUUCAUCCAGCAGGGGGGAGAUGAUGUGCAGCAGCUUUGUGAGGCGGGUGAGGAUGAGUUUUUGGAAAUCAUGUCUCUGGUUGGCAUGGCAACAAAACCAUUGCAUGUCAGACGAUUACAAAAAGCCUUGAGAGAUUGGGCGACCAAUCCAGGAUUGUUUAAUCAGCCUGCCUUGGGAAAUAUACCUGUCAGCAGCAGUAUACCAUUGUUCAAAAUUUCAGAGACAGUGGGGCGAAUUGGUAGAAAUACAAAUGGGCAUCUCAAUGUCCCUGAAGUUCAGUGCAAAAGCCCUGGAAAUUUUGUUCUAGAACAAGCUGAGAAAAUAUCCCCUUCCCAGCUAGACAGGAGACAGUGGACUGCUCAGAUUUCCCCAGAGCUAGAUGAUGCAGAUGAAGAAGAAGUUGGUGAGGAAGAAAAUGGAGGUGAUCAAUAUUCUUCACCUGGGGAAAGGCUAGAACCUGAGCUAGCCCAGGUCGUGUCCGAUAGUGUGGAUAGACUAAUGAAAGGACUGCCACGAGGAGAUAUCAGUGAAGCCAGAUCAAUGCUAAAGUUGAACAAGAAAUUGGGUCGUUCACUCGGACACAUUUUCCAAAUGGGCAAUGGAAGUCAGAGGAAGGAACGUGAAAUUCGCAGACACAGUGCCAUCUAUGGACGGAGUGAAUCCAAGAGACGGGAAGGAAAGAGGCUUACACUGCAUGAGCUCACAAUUAAUGAGGCAGCGGCCCAGUGCUGUAUGAGAGAUAACACCUUACUCCUACGGAGGGUAGAGCUCUUCUCACUAGCAAGGCAAGCUGCCCGGGAGAGUUCUUAUCUGGCGUCUCUUAAGUGCUCCAGACCAAAUAAUGAAGAACUUGGUGCAUCACAGCCUAAAAUCCUUAAGCAAGAGGCUGUGGAGAUGCCUUUGCAGCUAGACACAAAGAGUGGCUCUGUAUCAAUGCGCCACAGUGUGGAAGAAGGCAGUGGCAGUAUGUCAGGGGAGAGCAUGGACGGCAGUUUGCAAGCAGUGGCCAUAAGAAUCCCAACAUCUCCCAGCGGCCCCACAGACCUCUCCCUUAACCUGUCACAUCCUGCACCAUGGAGUAGGCAAAUUCUCCAGCAGACUCUAAUGGAUGAGGGUUUACGAUUAGCCAGACUGGUAUCACGUGACCGCAUGGGCCGCCUCAGUCUUUGCUUGCCUGGUACCCCACAUAUUUCAGAAUGUGAUGAUGGUGGAUCAGAAAGCUGCCCUAGCCUGCCGGUUUCACCCCAGAUCACAGAGCUAAGAACUCCAAACUGCAAGGGCCAGGAUGAAGAAAAUUAAACAUCUAUAGUGACUUUGCCUCCAUAUUGCAUACAGGACCAUACGUAUAAAUCAAAUUACCUUGAACUGUGCAAAACCAUUGCAGACAAGGAUUCGUGUUUCUGUUUUAGCAAUGGUCAUGGUGUAUGAGAAAAUGGUCCAGACAUUGUCCUAAUCAAAACCAUUAAGUCUUACAGUGCCACAGAGUUUAGAACCUUAUAGUAAAUCUGAAGUUGCUAGAGCUAAGGAUUAAUAUAGAAUAAUACUUCUGGUGAAGCAGUAACAGUAUGGCGUAUAUAACCUCUGCAUCUGGAUUCCAUUGUAAAGGCUUGCCACCUUUCAUUACGCCAGAUUUAUUACAGUUCCAGUGAUCAUGAAAGAUUUAUGAACGUCCUCAUCUGGGAUAUCCACUUGGACUAUUAGCGAUAAUAAGAGGAAGAAGAUAAUCAAGCAAUAAACUACCCUCUGUGGCCUAAUUGCAAUAUUUUAAUGGAAAUAAGCGGGCAAUGUAAAAACACUGCUCAAUAUAUUUCCUAAAAUUUCAGGUGAUAACCGCAUUGUUGUUAAGGCUUCAUUUUACUGAAUAGGAAUGCAAUGGAUUGCAAUGAAGCACGGAAAAUGUUUUUUAUAAAAAUGAUUAAGGGCCACUAAAAGAAUUGCAUGGGACUUCAAGGCUUGGAAAAUGUCAGUCCUUUUAUUGGCCAUUGUAUUUCCAAUCAAGGACUUGAUUCAUUAAAGAAAGGUAAAUAUUAACCUGUUCAGAAAUGAAGAGGAAAUCCAGUGUUUGUUUGAGCAAUGCAUGUAAAUUAUUUGGAUAGAUUUGUGCCAUGUUAAGGCAAAAUAUGUCAUUCAUAUUGACAUUCAAUGUAGAGUAGCCAUGGAAGCUGAGAAGCAUUGUAUUAGCAAUCAAAAGACUUCAUUAACAUUGUACUAGCAGGGGUGGUGGCUGUGGGAUUAGUAUAGAAUAGUAAUACCAGUAGGCAUUAGUAUAUAGCAAGACAACUAGCAGUAGUUUCUGUUUUGGAUUGUCUGUUUUCUUAGGCCUUAGAAUCUGUAUUCCUUGUGUUCCAAGUCCAUGUACAGUGUGUGAUUCUCAUUGUAUAGCUCUGUCAGCACUCCAUAAAUACGGUUUCAAUUAGUGUAGUGUUAUAGUGAUAGAGGUUAUCUGUAGCUUGCUUAUAUCUAGGAAUACUCAUUAUACAGCAUACAGAAUCAAUAUCAUUUAAUACCGGUGACAAACAUAUAUGUAAUGUGUUUUCUCAAAAAUAAGUAUGCAGUUCAAGUAAUUUACAAUGAAUAUUGCCUUGGCAUGCUUAUGUUUAGUGAAACAGGGUCCUACUGUAAAAUCACAGUGAAGGUAACACCUGAAUGAACACGAACACACGUAUAUAUAUAUAUCUUCUCCUGGUAUGGACAAUCUACUUGCUUUAUGUCUUUUAAAGGAGCAGGAAAGGUAAAAACUAAGUAAGCUUUAUCAGAAAGGUCUAUGUAAAUACAGCCAUAAACACUCACAGAAACGCUGCACUGAGUUUCCUGUCAAAAGAAACAGGAUUUGUUGUCUCUUUGUUUUCCUGUGCCAGAGACACGCAGCUCUCUCCUCUCUCCCCUCUUCUGCCCCCCCCCCCUCCCUCAAGAAUCAGCAGGAAUCCCAAUCAGCAGGAAGCUUCCUCAUAGUCAAACUUACUGAGCAUGUACAUGGGUCUUGGUCUUGGUGCAGGAGCGAGGCAUUAUGGGAACUUUCUUUACAAAGCUCAGUGUUUUUUUUUCCUAUGAGGCUUCUAAACGUCUGAACGGGAGAAAUAUGGGGAGACUUAAGGGCACUAUUGAGAGAACUGAAGGUAUGCCUGCAGCUUGAGAUUAACUCUUCAUUAGCCUUUCCUUCUCCUUUAAGGCAUAACACACAAAGUUAUCUUAACAGUUUGGCAUCUGCAUUCAAGUGCUAGUACUUAGAAAGUGUGUUCAUUUGCAAGGAAGAGCUACACCUACUAAAUAUAUUACAGUUAUGGGAUCUUAUCCAAAAACCCUCUAUCCAGAAAGCAGCUUCUAAUUACAGGAAGGCAGGGGUGUGCCCCUAGUGCUUUUCACGUGGCAGCAGGAAGGCAAUCUCCCAUAGAGUCCAUUUUAAGAGUAUAAUUUCAAUGUAUGAUAAUAAUAAUAAUAAAAAAAAAAACAUCACCUUGUACUUGAUGGUAACUAAGCUGCAUCAAUCCAUAUUGGCAGCAGAACAAUCCUAUUGGCUUUAUUUAAUGUUUAACAGAUUUUUAGCGGGUAUGGAGAUCCAAAUUACAGAAUAACCAAGCAUUCUGGAUAAUAGAUCCCAUACCUGGAGUUGGAAGGAAGUGAUAAGCUCCUUGGAAGUUGUGAUGAGGCUGAGAAGUUGGAGGGCCAUACAUUAGACGAAUGCAGUCUCUGGAUUCACUCAUUAUAGAUGGUGGUGUUUCUGUGUUUGUAUGUGUGCUACUCUUAAUUGUGCAGUUCUCUGGAAUAUUUUGGAACUUUAUUAAAUACUUGAUUAUAAUAAGAAUGUCCUUCAGGAUUCACCUAAGGUGAAAAUAGUUACAUUUGUCUGAUGUAAACUCACUCAGUGCGCUUUGCUUGUUGUUUUCUCAUUUACUCUCUACAUUCCGUAAUUUACUCAGAGGUUUUUAUACACAUUCUAAAUAUUAUAAAAUAACAGCACAUUCAAAGGUACCCAGAACGGGCUGUUUAAACCAUUUCUGAGCUACAAAUCAUAGCAUGUAUGUUUAGUGUUGUUGCCUAGGUAAAGCUGAUCGUAAAUAGGCACAUUCAUCCCAUUGAUGAUGGCCAAACAAGCCAAUUAGGUUAUAUAUUAUUGACCAAAGUAGCCAACAGAGGCUCACAUCACAGCCUGCCACAGUCGCCAAAUGACUGUGUUACACAGGAGAUCCCUACAGCCUCGUUGACCACUUAUGGUGUAAAGCACAGAUAUAAUCUGCUAAAAGAUUUCCCAAGGAAAUAUGAGAAAAUUCUGAAGUCAAGGCUGAAUAUCUUCAGCAACUCAUAAAAUCCCUGAAUAAGUGGGUGCAAUGUUAGUGAUUUGUGCAUAGUGCACCAGAUAAAAACCAAAUUAGUCAACAAUAUAUCAAUGUUGCUGCUAAAUGGGACAUUUUGGGGCAGAUUUAUUAAGACACGAAUUCGAAUCCCAAAUGGGAAAAAUUCGGAUUGGAUACGAUAAUCUCUGAAGAUCGCAAAUAUCACAAAUAUGUUUAUGAAAAAAUCGUAUUGGCUAUCCAAAAGUCCCGAAAUUUUCGUAUCCAAACGAUCGUAAAAUGCAGGAAAACCAUUGGUACCAAUGUCACUCUGCAGCUCCAAUCUGGCCCAAGGAAAGUCACAAUACUGAAGCCUGAAUGAAUCCGAAACUCCGAAAAUCCGAAAAAGUCAUGUUAAAACGCGGAAAAAAUUGGCGAAAAUACGCCAGGAACGAAAAAGUCGCAGAAAACACGAACGGUCCAAUCGAACAAAUGAUCUGACCGUUCGUGGAUUGAUAAAUCUCCCCCAUUGUGUCUGAUUUCGGACUUCCACUAAACUUUUUGACUCAUUUUUUUCUCUGUUACACUGGGCCUUGACUUUUUUCAGUUCUUUUUUUUUUCACUAAUUCCCCAUGGCAAAUAAAUUCACUUCCUUUACAUUUUUCCCCUGGAAAAAAACUUUAGUUAUUUUUCCAGCAACAAUUUUUUGGCACUUUUGUUUUCCAUGGAAUAAAGAGUAAAAAAAUUAUCCCCUACAAAUAAAAUUCUUAUAUAGAUGCCUGUUAUUACACAUCUUCCUCAACUUUAUGAAUCAAGAAAAUUAUAGGUUUCUUGGCGUCAGGAAGGAAUUUUUUCCACAUCUGCAGCAAAUCAGAGAGGUUUCAGAUGGGGGUUUUGUUUUGCUCUGGAUUAACUGGCAGUUAGGCAGGUUAUAUAUAGGCAUAAAAGGUUGAACUUGAUGGACAUGUGUCUUUUUUCAACCUUACUUACUUACUUAUAUGUUUUACAUCAGAGUUGGUAGAAAUAACCAACAGGGAGUUAGCAAAACUAUAUGGGAAAUAAUGGAAAUACCUGCCCUGUUGAAAUAGUUUACAGGAAAAAAUUCUCUGCAUGGGAAAAGUGAAUGAAAUGUAACUUAAAAUCUACGUUUUUUAUGAAAUGUAAAUUGCUCAGAGGAGCACUCUGAAUGGUAAGGUGAACAAGAGAAAUAUUAUGAGCAGUAGUAAAUCGCCCCUCUGUAUUAAGGUAACUGACGAGCAAUAGAGGAAAAGCUCCACCCACUUACGACAGUAUCACAGCUUAAUGUGCAACUGUAAUGUCUAUGUUCUCUGUAGAACCUCCUGUGUUAGCUUUUUUAUUUCUUGUACAGUAGAAUAUUUAUUUUAUUUGAAACAAUAAAGUUUAUUUUGUAGUUUACCGGC